UUAAUAAAUAAACAAUAGUACUAUUCACUAUGAUACAACAGUACUGCUAUGUAUGCUUACUAAUAAAAAACUAUCUCAAGUAUGAUAUGUUAUUUUAAAUUUUGAAUUUGUCUUGAUUCACAUGGAUGGGAAAGAUUGCGAAGAUUCCACGGUUAGUACGGUGGAGAGGAGUCGUUCUAAUUUACAGUUUCCAAACAGUUAUUCCGGAGAAAUAAUUGACGAGCGUGUAAAGACACUGCCAGUUUUUAACAAUAAAAAGCCAACUGCUGUGACGAGAUCGCAAUGCAAAAAAAAAACAUUAAAACCAAUCCCUAUUCAUACAUUGUCAGCUACUAGACGACAAUGCGUUUCAAAUUUACCAUAUAAAGCGGCGUUGACCGGUCGUACGGGAAGUCAUCAAUCCAACGCGGCUUGCCUGAAGAAUUUAUUGUGCCACACUCAUACGGUGAAAAUCAAACAGUUGGAGAAUGAAAUCAACGAAAGUCGAAUGCAGUGUCAAGAUUUGAUAACUGAAAAUCGAUUGUUGAAAACAAUGGAGAAACGACAAGAGCACGCUUUGUCGCUUUACGAAGGCGCACAAGCGAAAUUGCCCCAGAUGAUCAAGUCGUUUAGCGAAGACGUACGUACGCUGAAGAGUCAGCUGAAACAAAUGAAAAGUGCGUACAAGGAAUUGGAGAAUAGAUAUCGAUCGCAAAGUACCGAACUGCUAAUAGUGCAAAAACAGCAUAAACACUUGUUAGAUUUGUCCAAAAACAAACAUCUCGCCGAAAGAGAUAAACUGUCCAAGCAGUUGGCCGAUGCGAGGAAUACACUUUUGCAGCAAGAGAAAAAAAUCGAGAAUUUAAUGAAAAAAUUGCAACUCCAAAACAAGACCCAUCAACAUCAAAUAUGUGCAGAACUGAGUAAAAAUAAAGAUUUACACGUAGAAUUAAAAAGGUUAAACGAAAUGAAUGAACAACUAAGUUUACAAAUAGAAAAGAGUAAGUUACACAGUUAUGGGGCAAGAUUAUUCAAAGUACGUGGAAUUACUGAAAACUCAAUCACUUUAACACCUCGUACAGCUACAACGGUAGUAGCGAGACAUAACCUUGGAGGCAACGGAGACAAUAGCGAGUUGUCGUACAAAAAAGGUGUCCGCGUAAUAGAAUCUCUGCACGGCACUUCCGGCGAUAGUGAUGUGUCUAUCAGAAAUAUGCAAUCAAAUUUAACAAAUCAAAAAACUGGAAUUGUUAAUCAAAGUCCAGACAAUAGCAGAGCUGCUAUAACAAACUCUUCGGUUCAUAAAUUGUUGCUAUUCAACAACGGUAUUAACAAAUUAGUGAAGGACGAUGAAAAAAUAUUACUUCAAAUGCAGUCCAGCCUCACGAAUCAAAAUGAAACGAACAACAGCGGUAGUACGUUCACAACGCCCGAAACUUCAUUGUCUAGAGCUGAAAAAGACCGGUUGUUAGCUAAACUCAACAAUACUAGGGAGGAAAAGAAAGACUACAGUGGCAAAUACGUAUCUAAUACUUUAAUAAAGUCGACUAACAAGUUCUAUCAGCCGGCUGGAUCCAAUGACGUAAGCAGCAUAUCUUCAAUAAGUAGAUCGUCGUCAAUCAGUAGUUGAAAUCGGCAAACAGUGAAAUGGUUUUUAUUAUUUUUUUUGUAUUCAACAAAAUUGUCGGUAUAAAAAAUUAUUUUGUAACUAC